AUGUCUGUGAAAUCGAUUGUGCCACCGCAAACCUAUUCUCGUUUGUUUCGGCCCUGGGAUGUUUCGGAAGGAAAGGAUAAUCCCAGCCCCAGCAAGGCUAGUGAAUGUGGCAGUGAUAAAGUGAUUAAGCGUGAACCGUUUGAUGUCUCAGCUGGGUCACGGCUGGAAAUGGGAAGUCCUGUUUGCUCAGAAUCCAAGUCACCUUUGCUGAGUCCGGUUAAGUUUCCCCUAGCUGAAACGCCGGAAUUAGAUACUGUCGGAGCAUUUCUGGGCCAUCCAGCGGAUCUGGCUUCGUACUAUUACUACUGCAGUCAACAGAAGUUAGGAAUGGAGUUUCUACCAGCUGGUAUAAACCUGGCGGGACUGCCGAUUGAUCCUCUCACCUAUGAACAGAUGGAACAGGAGUAUAUCCGUGUACUUAGUGAGGACGCCAAGGCCAAGCUGCUCAGCAGUCGAAAACAACGUCCAAAGAAAUUCAAGUGCCCCCACUGCGAUGUGGCCUUUUCCAAUAAUGGUCAACUGAAAGGACACAUUCGGAUUCAUACCGGCGAACGACCAUUCAAAUGUGAUGAACCAACCUGUGGUAAAACAUUUACCCGGAACGAGGAACUUACCCGCCAUAAGCGCAUCCACACCGGAAUCCGUCCCUAUGCUUGCCAGACCUGCGGCAAAAAGUUCGGCCGGCGGGAUCAUCUGAAGAAGCAUACGAAAACUCACAUGCCUCAGGAACGAUAUACGUACGGAUUGGCGCCGGCGGCCAUGCUGAUGCCGAUGUAUACGGCCGCUUCGCAUCUGUACGGGUACUAG